AUGGCUGUUAGCGGUAGAUUCGAGCGCCAUCUCAGCCAAAUCGAGGAGGCCGCGAAUGAUAUCUCGUCCAUGCGUUUUAGCAAACCUGGAAUAUUUACAAAUUCACAGGUCGCCCGUCCGCCGAUAACAUCUCUCAUUAGGGACACUUCUCCAUACGAACGUGUGCUCUUUUCGUCGACCUUGAACGAAGAAUUUACAGAGGGGCCUUCAACACUACCAGCCAAAUCAGGACUUCUCGGCUCCCUAUUGGACGGGAAUCUUGUGCACCAGGUCCAGAGCACUGUUAAAACGGCCCAGUUGAAAGGAGAUGUCGAUGUUGAAAUGCUGUUACGGGGUGCCGAAGAUUUGGCGAGAAUAUACCCAAUCCCUAGUUUAGAUGAAAAAAUUGAACAACUCCGAUCCAGAUACCAAGACCUUUUCUCCAGCGUUGCAUUGCACGAGGAGCUUGUCGCCGCACAAAGAGCACAGCUGGACCUCCAAAGAGGAACAACCAAAAGCGGCUUUGUUCACAAGACCAAAGCACCUAAAGCCACACGGGAUACUUCGACAAAGGCCGAAAUUCAAGAUGAGGAAAUAGCAAUAAGACAGCUAGAAGUUAGAAAAUUUGAAAUGGAAUCAGAGAUCCGGGAACUAGACCGCAGAUUGACAGGGCCAAUAUCCAAGGCCUUCUAA